AUGGAGAGGUUGAUUUCCAUGAGAGGUUUGCUUUUGGUCAGUGUUGUGGGAUUUGCAAUUCUCAACACCUGGGCAGCAGAAGCACAAAGUGUUGGUGUGAACUAUGGAAUGUUGGGUGAUAACCUUCCAACCCCAGACAAGGUGGUCGCCCUUCUCAAGUCCAAGAAUAUCAAGAUGGUCCGGCUUUUCGACCCAAAUCCUGAUGCACUUAAGGCUCUACAAAGUUCGGGAAUCGACGUCGUCCUAGGGACCUUCAACGAGGAUCUCCAAAGACUUGGCAGUGAUGCGGCCUUCGCCGCAACUUGGGUCAGCACCAAUGUGGUUCCACAUGCUAAUGCGAUCCACUUCCGAUAUGUGACCGCUGGCAAUGAGGUAAUUCCCGGCGAUCUAGCUGUAAACGUGCUCCCAGCUAUGAAGAACCUUGACGCGGCCUUAAAAGCUGCCAACCUGGAGAUCCCUGUCAGCACAGUAGUUGCUACCCAAGUUCUUGGAGCAUCAUUCCCUCCAUCUCAAGGUGUAUUUUCUGAUGAUGCUGGUGUCCACAUGGUCCCUAUUGUAAAAUACUUGGAAGCCAACAAGGCACCACUCCUUGUCAAUGUGUACCCAUAUUUCGCCCAUGCAAGUGACCCCAAGAACGUUCGUCUAGACUACGCGCUCUUCACCGCUGUCGAUCCGGUCGUGACCGAUGGUACUGUCAGAUAUUUCAACCUCUACGAUUCAAUCAUCGAUGCGGCGUACUCGGCACUUGAGAAGGCAGGCGGGCCAUCAGUUGAGAUUGUGGUUGCAGAGAGUGGAUGGCCAUCUUCCGGUAAUGGCGACAUCGCGACGAUUGCGAAUGCACAGACCUACAUCAACAAUAUGAUCACACACUUGAGUGGGACACCAAAGAGGCCUGGAAAGGCCAUUGAGUCCUACAUAUUUUCCAUUUUCAAUGAGAAUCAAAAGCCUGUUGGAACUGAGCAGAACUUCGGGUUGUAUUACCCCAACAUGACUCAGGUCUACAAUGUUAAUUUUUCUUCUUAGACCUCGGCUAGUAAUGUUUAUAAUGGAUAUAUUAGUGGCUAUUUCACCUCACAUGUGGCACUGAUUUACAACUAUCAAGACCAUCUAAAUUAUGGGUCCCAUUGUGGA